AUGUGGGUGUCUUGUAUUUCUUUCGGUUUGAGAGGUUCUAGACAACGAACGAAGCGUCAAUUAUCCUUGUUGUUAACGCGGCAACGACUUCACUGGCAGUUACAGAGACGCAAGCGUGCGCUGCCUCGCUGGGUCGCGCUCGCUGCGGAAUCGAAUGCCCCCGGGGCGCGCACACUUUUUGCCCAGACCGCGGAAAAUGAAAGCUUUCGCUUUCCAAUCGAGCUGCUUUGUCCGACGCCUACCUGUUGUGACCGAAAGCUGUUCUCGGACGCGAACCCCAAGUUGACGUUUCUCGAGCGUCUCGAGCUCUUCCGACAACGUUCGCUUCUGAGCACCAGAGCGUGCUCAGUUUUACGCGGCUGGUAUGAAUCGUACGAGAAAGCUGCGCUAGCCGCGGCUGCGGACGGGGCGCUAGUGCUGUUCGGGUGUCCGUCAACCGACCCAAAGCAGGUCUUACGCUGGUGCUCGGAUAACUUUUCAACACUUUUCGAUAUUCUUAUCUAUGAGCUGAAGCACCCCUUCCAUUUCAAGCCGUAUCAUCAAGCUGUGAGCGGACCUGAGUUCAACUAUACCGCAUUUGGAAACAGAUUUUCGCGACCGCUUUGUGAUCUGCAACGCUCCUACCUGGAUCCGUCCUCGGAGGCGUCGUUCGCAUGCAUCCGAGCGCAGCUCGCAGCUGGUGAUAACGUAUGCCUGGUGGGGAAUCAUCAAAGCGAAGCCGAUCCUUUUGCCAUCUACCAUAUGUUUCGCCAUCAUUUCGGCGAAUCUGGGGCAGCACUCGCGGAGAGCAUUCUGUAUAUGGCCGGUGAUCGGGUGCGUGACGAUCCACUAGCAGCGCCGUUUAGCGUCGGUCGCUCCAUGCUGACGGUGUACUCGAAAAAACAUAUCUUAGACGAGCCGGAUCGGCGUUCGGAGAAGCAGGCUCACAAUCGUAAGACCCUGCGGGAAAUGGAACGUCUCUUCGCCGACGGAGGCCGCUGCGUCUGGUUUGCGCCCAGCGGGGGGCGUGAUCGACGCUCCCCCGAAACGGGACGCGUCACCUGUGCAUCUUUUGAUCCAGACGCAAUAGAGCUUUUCCGGCUAUCGGCUGAGAAGGCAGGUCGUCCGUGUCACUACUACCCGAUGGCAAUCGGCACCUUCAACAUGUUACCGCCGCCAGAUCAAGUAGAAAAAGAGAAAGGCGAACAGCGCGUCGUCAGUUAUGCACGACUCUGGAUGAGUCUAAUGCCACAAGUCGACCUCGACGCAGGCAUCAGUCCGGCACUAAGCAAGUCGGAGAAGCGCCAGGCACGUGCGGAGAAUCUCUAUCAUUUGGUUGUACAAAAGUACACACAGAUGGGUGCGUACGAUGCGCAAUAA